UUGCUGCCUUCCCCAGAACUCCUUCUCCAGCCCUCCCCUCUAUCUCCCCACCCAUAUCAGGGGAGGCAGCGAGAGGGACUCAGCAUUUCCUCCGCUUGCUCUCCUUACAAGGAGAGAGUGGAGCCCCUUGAGGCGUCUGGCACAUUCCCUCAGGGAUCCCUGCCUCUGUGGGAGCGUCAGUCCCGGCGCGGCGGGGGUUAAGGUGGGCGCCAGCGCCCCGCACCCGCCGGGAUGAGCGCGCAGUCAGUGCAGCUUGCUAGCCGGCUGGUUCCGAGUCGACACCCGGAGAAAGUGGCGGUCAGGGAUGCAGCUGCUGCCAUGACAACCCUGGCGAUCAGGGCCCGCGCGCGUAGGGGCUGCUCCCCGGAGGAAGGCGGCGUGGAGGCCGGGGGCGGCCGCUGAGCGUGGCGUCCGCGCGUCCCAGCGUCCCGUGCAGCGUCCCCGGAGGAGGCGGGGGCCGCAGACCGCUCAGCUCCCGCGCCCAGAGCCUGUGCCGCGGCGCUCCGCGGGCUGGCUAGAGCCGGGCUGGCGGGAGUCGCCCACCCGGCUUCGGGGAGGACAGCCUGAGAGUGGAGGAUCCCGGCUAGCCGGCUGCGGGUCUCCGUGUGCAACUUUUUAUCGCCUUGGGGUCCAGAUGCGAGACUUGGAGCUGUUUUCUAACUCUAUCCAUACAUGAGUGCCGGUGCGCAGCGGAGAUGCCACCUUUCCCAAAGCUAUGGACAAUGUGACGGUCCGGCAGGGGGAGAGCGCCACCCUCAGGUGUACCAUAGAUGAUCGGGUCACCAGAGUAGCCUGGCUAAACCGCAGCACAAUCCUCUAUGCUGGGAAUGACAAGUGGUCCAUAGACCCUCGAGUGAUCAUCUUGGUCAACACGCCUACCCAAUACAGCAUCAUGAUCCAGAAUGUGGAUGUAUAUGAUGAAGGUCCAUACACCUGCUCUGUGCAGACAGACAAUCACCCCAAAACCUCCCGGGUUCACCUCAUAGUGCAAGUUCCUCCCCAGAUAAUGAACAUCUCUUCAGACGUUACUGUGAAUGAGGGAAGCAGUGUGACUCUGUUAUGUCUUGCAAUCGGCAGACCAGAACCAACGGUAACAUGGAGACACCUGUCAGUCAAGGAAGGCCAGGGAUUUGUGAGUGAGGAUGAAUACCUGGAAAUCUCUGACAUCAAGCGUGACCAGUCCGGGGAGUACGAGUGCAGCGCCUUGAAUGAUGUUGCUGCUCCUGAUGUGCGGAAAGUAAAAAUCACUGUAAACUACCCUCCUUAUAUUUCAAAAGCGAAGAACACUGGUGUUUCGGUUGGUCAGAAGGGCAUCUUGAGCUGUGAAGCCUCUGCUGUCCCCAUGGCUGAAUUCCAGUGGUUCAAAGAAGACACCAGGUUAGCCACUGGCCUGGAUGGAGUGAGGAUUGAGAACAAAGGCCGCAUAUCCACUUUGACUUUCUUCAAUGUCUCAGAGAAGGAUUAUGGAAACUAUACCUGUGUGGCCACAAAUAAGCUUGGCAACACCAAUGCCAGCAUCACACUGUAUGAAAUAAGCCCCUCAUCAGCAGUGGCAGGGCCUGGAGCAGUCAUUGAUGGUGUAAAUUCGGCCUCUAGAGCACUGGCUUGUCUCUGGCUCUCAGGGACCUUCUUUGCCCAUUUCUUCAUCAAGUUUUGAUAAGAAACCAUAGGUCCUCUGAGCAACGCCUGCUUCUCCAUAUCACAGACUUUAAUCUACACUGCGGAGGGCAAACCAGUUUGGGCUUCUUUUUGUUUAUUUUUGUUUUUCUUGACUUUUGUUUGUUUGUUUUCUGGGAUUGAUUUUCAAUUUGAUUUGAUUUUUCUCUUUUUUAGUUUGAAUGAGUGGGGUUGGGGGUUGGGGUGGGCAGGGGUCUACCAAGGGUAGGAUAAUCAUUCAUUGGUGUGCCCCCAAAUGGAAUCUGUUCCUGCUACCUUGGCGUUCCUUUUCUCUACUUCUCUUCCCACAACCAUUAACACACACACACACACACACACACACACACACACACACACACACACACACAUACACACACAUACACACACACAAAGAGGCAUUCCACAAAACUGGGCAAAAAGACUAUGUCCCAUGACAAACACCCUGAAGGUACAACUUGACUUACAAUGUAGUCCACAGUAAGAGUUGCAUCUAUGUGUCCUAUUGUCUUUUGAGCUUUCAAUCAUUUCCCCACUCAAAAGGGACAUGUCCUUAUCCUCAUGCUUAUCAUCACCUAUUCCAUUAGGCUUCCCACCUUUUCUUUGUAAGAAACUCUCUCAUUAUAUCCAUAGAUAGCAUAUAAUUACACCCACAUGUAAGAUUCUGCCAUCUUCUCUGGCCUUUCCACUCUAGGCAUUUCUUCCACUAGCUGUAAGAAUUACAGGCUUGAGACUAUGCAUGCAGCCCAAAACUAAACAUUUACAAGUCAAGUAACCAAAUGAGGGAAGUAUAUUAAUGCUAGUACUUCCCUUAAAUGCUGUCACAACUCAUGAAAAGGCGAUCAAUAGCUGGCUAAUUAUUUUAUCAAGCUAUCAAAGCAAUCAUACCAUUAUCCAUUUAUUCAAUUGAUUUAUUUCUCCAUCUAGUUCUAUCCACCUGUCUUUCUCGCACACAAUCCAUUUCCUCUAUUUAUCAUAACAUCAAUGUAAUUAUCUAACUGUUUUCUGUUUCUUUUCCCACUACUCACUAUCAGUUCAUCACUGUAUUAACCUCUGAUCAUAUAUGUCCAUGCCACUAUCUCCAUUUCUCCACCAUCAUCAAUAGACAUUGUCAUCUUCAAAUCUGCCUGGCAACUUCUUAUGUGAAAGCCAGUGAUCUCACAGGCUAACUACACAGAAGAGCAAUUUCCUAUGCCAUGGAUCCUUGGGAAUGUGGAAACCCUUCCACCCAAAUUAAACAUUGUGAACAGAUGGACCAAAGUAGCAAUCUAAAGAUCAGUCCCUCAUGAUUCCCAGAGAGACUGUUUCCUGAAGCGCCUUCUCAGGAAGCAGACGAGCCCUGGGGAAGCUUGAUUAUGCUGCAUCUCUCCUUCAACAGCUGGAAGAUCAAGGUACCAACCUCAUGCUGCUCUCAGCCUUUCAAGAAAAGUGCACGUCAGGAACUUGGAGGAACUUCUCGGUCGCUGGCUUUCAUUAGCAAAAAGAACCUGACGAGAACCACGUAUCAGUCCCUUUUUUGUAAAGACAACAGUCCAUCGGCCGAGGUGGGAUAACUAUAGCUAAGCAUCUCCCUUCUGCUCCAGUUUUGAUUUGAAUUGUUUGAAAAUUAUCCAGCAAAGGGCUGAUGGAGGCCAAUUACGUGGCACAUGUGUUGACAACUCUGGUAUUUGUUUCAGAAAGCUCUUCUAAGCUGAGGGCACUUGAGCUACUGACUUAAUUUCCAAGCACUUGAUUAACACAACAUGGCAAACAGGCGGGAAGUGUAAGUAAUACUGUUUCCCAGGCCUUUUCCCUAGCACGUUGGGGAUAAAUGUCCCCACAUUUCUGUGUUCAAAGCAGGCCUACUGUACAAAGAAGAUCAAAUCCAGCCUCUCAGCACUGUCUCUUGGGAACAGAAGAACUCAGCCAACAAGGGAACCUGCAGUUCAAAUGAACAACGUUGAAGGCCACAAAGGGAUCUCUCUAGGGACUAGCUUACUGAGUGAGUUGAGAAGGAGCCCCAACAGUGAUUUUCUCACAGACAUGUCCUGCCUCCCUCUGGGACCCUUUUCAGGUCCACCUCUAAAAACUGAUAACUAUGGGUUCCAUUAGAGUUCAGUUCCUGUUAAGUUUCACUGACCACUCCAGUAUAAGUGUCCCGCUCUGUGCCACUAUAACCACAUAAAUACAAUACCCACAGUGGGUACAUAUAGACCUGUCUAUACAUAUUCGCAUAUAUACAAAUGCAGGCUUCCUUGGCAUACGAAAGCUCAGCGCUGUCAUAAGAGAUAGAGCUGGGGUGAGCAAAAUUAAUACUCUACUUGCCAGCUGUAAACAGACAUCUGCAUUUCCUAGUGAGCUGCCAAGAAUGAGACUCUGAGAGCAUAAAUGAUGUGCCAAAAACCAGUCUAUUUAUUCCAACUUCCAGAGGCAAUCAGGAGCAGGCACGGAGUCAGAAUUACAGGUCGGAUAUAUGAAUUUCAGAUCUGUCACUGCACUCAGCACCUGGGAGUGGGUUGGUGUCAAGCAUUGUACGAGACAUAAACGUGGCAUUUGGGUUUUCUACUAAUCCUACAUUUGUUACUUUGGAGAAAAGGAAAAUGUGGAUGCCAUGGGAACUGAAAAGUGUUGUUGGGUGAUGUGCUGCUUGAAAUGGACAAGCUGUAACCAUUCUUCACCACCUUGUACAAGCAGAUCAUCAGAACCCCAUUGAGUAUGGACUCAGGGUCACCAUGCAACUCUGCUCUGCCUAUUCUCACUGGAUACUAGACGUGUCUCUGGUAGUUACCUACUCCAUCCAAACUUCAGAAGGAAAAAAAAAUGCUCUAGCCAAUCCUCACGUCUGGGAAAAAGAAAAAGAAGAAGAAAUGACUCCAGGCAACUGGGUACACGAUAUGAAAAUGACUUCUACAGAACAGACAUACCCCAGCUCCUGUGUUAUCCGAGUGACUUUGGUGAGGAUGGCUCCAUGUGAUGGGAGCUGGUUCCCACACUUUGAAGCAAGCAGAAGAGCAGCUGCUCGCUAAAAACAACAUACACACUUCCACAUGCCUUUCCGACUUUACACAUGAAGGGGGGAUGGAUCAGGCCUACUAGACAGAUUUGUUCAGCCUGUCAAGGGUGGGUGUGGAGGAGGGAUAAGGUAAGGAAAAAAGGAUCACAUUAGUCUGAGUAACUGGUAGAACGUUGUGGGUUUUCUACGUGGAAACCACGUACAAUUUAUCAAGAGAUUAAGUAAAAGGAAUUCAGCAAAGGUAGUUAUCCCAAAACAUUUCCCCUUCCCAAAGCAAUGCUAUUUUGUCCUUCCACCAAAGCAACACCAAUGAAAGUGCUAGUGUUAAUCGCUCUGGCCGAGCUUGUUUUUAAGUAGUUUAAUGUCAAGUGCCUGAGACAGUCAUCUGCAAGUUUAAUCAAGGGUGUUUAGAUUUUCUUUCUUCUUCUCAUUGGGAAGGGUGGGGAUGUAGUUGUCAAAACAUAUAUAGCUCUGACCCAGAUAGCUCCAUACAAGGCUCUUCUGCUGUGGGCUACAGUUGUGUCCAGUUCAACAGAAGGAAAGAGAGGGCCGUGUAUCACCCAGAUGACAGGAUCUUUAUCCUCAGAAGUUCAUACCGCUUUGGGAUGUUGUUCACGGGUUGGGAAGUUAGUUUUCAAAAUCUGGUGUAGUUGGGGUCUCAAGGAGCUCCACCACUGAGGCUGAGUUUUAAGAAUAUCUUUCUGCAUCUCUCUGGUCAACUUGUCCUCAGCAAAGAGGAAGAGCAAAUUCUACCUAUCUUAGAAAGAAAUACCAAAAGAGCAGAAAAGCCCCAAAGUAGAUAGUUGAUCCCAGAUUGUUUAUCACGGCCACUGGAUCAAGAACGGUUGAAGUUUAAUACUGUUUGGGUUGAUGCUUUCAGGAGGGGCACCUGUUCUUAGUAGCCCAUAUAGCAAUUGCCAGCCCCAUAAGAGAUGGUGGAGGGGAAUAGCUUAUGAAGUUAUGAGGGAGUAUCUGUUACCAGUUUGAUCCUGAGUUUUCACCAGAAUAGGAAAAACAGUAUCUAGAAUUGGGAACCCUAAAGCUGUUCCUGUUAGAGCUAGAGGAAGCAGCAUAAUUACUAUUUUUAAUUUAGGGGCAAAAUGUAUUUUUCUCCAACAGCAAGAACAUUUGGGUUUUAUUUGGCAUAAGUCUUACUCAUAGAAAUUCUCAUGUCCAAUUGCUUCCCCCCUUAUUAUCCAGAGCUCCCCUCUCUUUCUUUCAAGACAAACGCGUUUGAGUAGCUACGGCAACACUUCCCAGGUGUUUAACUAGGAACGCAACAGUGUACAGGAUGCCGUAUGAUGAAAACUUCUAAUGACCACACACACACACAAAAGCAAACAAAUAAAAAUGCCAGUCUCAUUUCCCCCAUUUCUUACAUAAGAGAAGAGAAGUAAAUGGAAGGAAGAAGAAAUAGAUUUGCAAUUAAAAAUGUGACAAAGAGAUAAAGCUGAACCAGUGCAAUUUAGCCUUCAGGUGCAGAACGUGGAGCCCAAAAGAACAUGGAGUGGACUUAAUUAGACGCAAUUGUCUUCACAGUGAAAGUAGUCAGCAAAACCCGAUUUCCAGCAUUUUGGAAGAGACUUCCCGCACCCCCCUCCCCUGAGUGGUGCCCUUUUAAGGCACAUGGUUGUUUCAAACCCCUAGGUGGAGAAAGAAAGAUUGGGAGCCUCCACUAUCCCUGUGGGGCUUCAUACCAGGUUAUUUGGCAGAGUUUCAGAAUCUCAAUAAUAACAAUGGUAAGUAAUAAUAGCUGCCCUUGUGUUAGUGAAGAGGAACAUUUUAAUCAUUCAGAAAUUCUUGUGACAUGUAAAGUGCAAUUGUGAGGAAUGUGUGGGUGUACGAAAAUGUAUCUGUCAAGUUCAGAGUCCUCUAGAUUAAAAAAAAAAAACUUAUAUGAUUAUCAAUGGUGCCGUUAAUAGCUGUGUUGGACAAUGGGUGUGCCCAUUUUCACCAUUAUUCUUAAAAUAAAUCUAUGUACUGAUGCUUUAAAAUUUUAUCACAUGAUACAAGAAUAUGAUUUUGUCAGCCUUUAAAACUUCCCUUUUUUUCUUUUGCUUUCUUUCUUGUUUUUUCCUUCAAAAAUCAAUGAAGACUUGAUUUCUGUCAACCAUUGUAUUGAGGGUGAAUAUACUACCUGGAUUUUGUGCAUGUUACAUUGUAGCUGUAACCUUUUCUAAUUCAGGAUGAACACAAGACGGUUGUGAUUGUGCAGUGUAUCAAUAAAGUUUGAAGACAUUUGUAACUUUUAGGGGGCUCUUCAUUAGGAUGUCCCUUUGAGAUCCAGUAAUGACAAAAAAAAUGAAGCAGUUAUGUGUUGUAGACUUUGGGGAGUCAAUGUGAUAAAAAAUAUGAGUAAUGCCCCCACCUUCCUCUUUCCCUCUCCCUUUUUCCUGUUCUUUCUCCUCUUCUACACACACACACACACACACACACACACACACACACACACACACAGCACUCUAUUUGCUUUCUGUAUCUUAUGUCUAGAAAAUAUCUAUGCUAUUUACAAAUAACGAAACAUUCAGCUCAAGCCCCAAAAUCUCAGUUAUUUACUGAAUUUGGCUAAAUUGAAAUCAGAAGUUUCCUAAAACAAUGACUGGGUUCCUCUCAGUUUGGCCAUUCUUUCAUUUCGAAGUCUCCACUACUUCCUUUGGCUGAAGUCUGCACCUUUCGCCAAGGAUGGCAGUGAUGAUGUACACUCGUUCUUGAAUGGAGGUGCCACCAGAUUAUCAUUCAAAGUUUCAACUGUCGUAAUAUAUAUACAAUAAAUAGGAAUAUGCCCCAUUUCCCAGGUUGUCAUCUCUAAAACAUUUUAUUCUCCCCAGACCCCAACUUCUCCUCCAUUACCACAUUGCUUUUCUAAAGGAAUGGAUAAUAAAUUUUAAAAAAUCAUUUUCUCUCAGCAAACUGUCCCUCAGUGAGUCCUUCCCGGGAGGUAUUUCAUCUUGGACACACUCAGCCUUUUUACUUCUCAUCUGUACCAUUUGUGAUUUUAAUACACCUUCCCGUUGCUUCAUCUCCAAAUUCUGAUGUGUUUUAUUUUUAUUUUCAACCCCUAGAUUGCUCUAGGCUUCUCACAGAUAAAGCCGAGGGGAGUGGUCAGUGGUGAUUUAGGAGUUCAGGAUGGGAUAGAUAAAGAUUCUUCAUCUCAUUUUACAACACAAGUAGCUUUUCUGGAAAAGCUCUUGAGCUAAAAUUUUGAGACUUGUAUUCUUAUUCUUGUUGGUUAAUCCAGACCUUCUGUGACUCAGUUUCCCCCUGAGGAAAAGGAUCACAGACACCUUGAUACAUGAGCUAUAUGUGUGCUUUGUAAAUCAAAAUGGCAAGUAAACGCUUGGUACUGAUGA